AUGGCCCCUUCGUCUCCUGUGAGGCCGAAGAUGGAGGCCGAUGAGUAUGGGCGGCCCCCUCUGCCUCCCCCGCCUUUUCCGAUGCCGCCACCUCCGGCUAUAGCCACUAUAGGUUGGGGUCGGGUGGUUCCACCCCCCAUGAAGGUUGCACGACGAGAUGUGGCCAGUGAGCAGCUGGAAGAAGCUAAGGCGCUCUUUGCUGCCAGGCGUCAAGCAGUGGCGGCAGACAUGGCACCGGGGACACCGGCGAAGAGCCCACCACUCAAGAGGACUCGUGUGGAUGGCACCGAUGCAGAGGUCCAAGCUGCUGGUGCUGUGCCCAAGUUGCCGGGCUCGGAAGGAAUGGUGAAGCAGCAGGCUGCCUUCCCAAAUGCUUCGCAUGGGGGUGCAGGACGUCCUGCAGUGGCGAGUGAUGAAGCCAAGGCUCCUUCAAAACCGCCAGCGAAAGCCCGGCCAAUAAAGGCCAUGGAACAGCUGCAGCAGAAGAGGGCUGCGGUGAAUCCGCAGGUGGUUCAUGCAGGACAGCAGCCGCAGGGCCAUGGUCCGGAGCCAGUGGUGACCGGAAGGGCUGAAUCGGAAAGUGAAGCUCCUGCUGCUGCUGCCUGCCCAGAACAGCCUGGGAAUCCACCUGCACCUCCGCAACAUGUGCAGCAGAUGAGGGCUGCUGUGAAUCCUGAGGUGGUUCAUGCAGGACAGCAGCUGCAGGGCCAUGGAGGUUUGCCACAGGCUUCUGUGGGGCAGGGUCCGAAGACACCGCCGAGAGUGCCUCAGCAGAUGCCACAGGCUGGAGCGCAGCAGAGGAUGCCACCACCUACAGGGCAUCAGCAGAUGGCACAUGCCGGAGUGCAGCAGCCUAUGUCGUUGCCUACAGGGUAUCAACAGAUGCGGAGGGCAGCAUACUAUGUCACCGCCUGGGGGGCAUCAGCAGAUGAUGCAUGCAUCACGGCAGGAAGUUCAUGGACCAGCUGCUGUGCCACAGCAGAGUGUUGUGCCCAAGAUGCCAGGAACCCACACAGACAGAAGGUGUCUGUGCAAGCCCAGGCCCAAGAGACUCUGAGGAUGCAGCAGCCUGGCAUGCCGCAGCCUGGCAUGCCGCAGCCUGGCAUGCAGCAGCCUGGCAUGCAGCAAGUGCCCAUGCAGCACCCUGGCAUGCAGCAACCGCCCAUGCAGCACCCUGGCAUGCAGCAAGUGCCCAUGCAGCACCCUGGCAUGCAGCAAGCGCCCAUGCAGCAACCACCCAUGCAGCAAGCGCCCAUGCAGCACCGUGGCAUGCAGCAACCGCCCAUGCAGCAACCACCCAUGCAGCAACCGCCCAUGCCGCAAUCGCCCAUGCAGCAACCGACCAUGCAGCAACCGACCAUGCAGCUGCCGACCAUGCAGCAACCGACCAUGCAGGUGCCGACCAUGCAGGUGCCGACCAUGCCACAGCCGAUGAUGCAACCACCGGUACUACCGAUGCCCACCAUGCAGCUGCCGAUGCAGAACCCGACCAUGCUGCCCCCACACCCGGGUGUGGUGCAGCCUACCCAGCCGGGCUCUCUUGUGCCACCGACAAUGUUACCGGGAAUGCAGGUGCCUCCAGUGCUGCCCCAACCGACAAGGAUGGGUCUUGCGAUCGAGGCAGGCUUCUUCUCACUGAAGAACAUGUUGGGAGAUGCAGCACCAGGCAGUGGCCUGCCACCAAGCAUCUUGGAUCAGUAUAUGCAUCUGGUGGAGGAGUGUGCGAAGCUCAAUGCGAAUGCAUCGACAUCUUCGACAGGCAGCCCGAGUCCGCUGACGAAGCAAGCUCCAGAACAGGUGGAGCAAAGUGUGAGCAGAGACCCAGCUUCGAGUGUCGUGAAUGUGGACGAGGCAGAGAAGCAGGUGGACAUCCCCACGACAUCUCCAUCAGAAGACAUCUCUGCAGAAGCAGCUCCCGAGAAGGGAGAUGUUGAGCAGAAGACUUCCCACCAGCCGAAGAUGAACUCGCAGACGCACCCCGAUGCCUGGGGGGCCCUCUACCGCUACUGCAACGGCAGGUCUGCCAAGAACAAAGAUGAGGCCGUGCGGAGCGAGAUACUCGAGAAGUGGAAGCAAG